AUGUCUGCUUUCUUCUUCUCCACGCCGGUCGAUAUCGACAUUGUCCUAGAAGAUGGAGACGACAGGCAAAUGGUGGACAUGAAGACGGAGAAAGGACGUAGGGAGAAGGCACCACUUUAUAAGGACGGAGAGUCUGUGAAGGGAGCUGUGACGAUACGACCGAAGGACGGAAAACGAUUAGAACAUACUGGAAUCAAAGUUCAAUUCAUUGGCACAAUUGAGAUGUUCUUCGACAGGGGCAACCAUUACGAGUUCUUGUCUUUGGGACAAGAACUAGCUGCACCAGGCGACUUACAGCAUCCCCAAGCAUUCGAAUUUAAUUUCAAGAAUGUUGAGAAGCAGUACGAGUCCUACAGCGGCAUCAAUGUCAGACUCAGAUACUUCGUACGGGUCACCGUAUCCCGGCGCAUGGCGGAUGUGAUCAGAGAGAAGGAUAUCUGGGUCUAUUCUUACAGAAUACCACCCGAGAUGAACAGUUCUAUCAAGAUGGACGUUGGUAUCGAGGAUUGUCUUCACAUCGAAUUCGAAUACUCCAAGUCGAAAUAUCAUUUGAAGGACGUUAUUGUGGGUAGGAUAUACUUCCUGCUUGUGAGAUUGAAGAUCAAGCAUAUGGAAUUAUCGAUCAUACGACGAGAAACUACUGGAGCGGCACCAAAUCAAUACAAUGAGAGCGAGACACUCGUCCGUUUUGAGAUCAUGGACGGUUCGCCAUCCAGAGGAGAGACAAUCCCCAUCAGAUUAUUCCUUGGAGGCUUCGACUUGACACCCACUUUCCGAGAAGUCAACAAAAAGUACUCAACGAGAUAUUACCUCAGUUUGGUGCUUAUUGAUGAAGAUGCACGACGUUACUUCAAGCAGUCCGAAAUUGUUCUAUAUCGCCAAGCACCCGAAAUAGCAGCUGGUGCAGGCCAACAGACACAGAUUGCUGGCGCCCCGCCUCCAGAACGAGCUCAGGUGCAGCAAGAAGCAUAG